GCAUAAGUUUCAUUUGCACCCAACAACCACAGCACACACUCUCGUCUGCAAGUUCAGGACACUCACACACAAGCUUCCGACUACAGCUCCUUCCAGUUGCGCGUCUUCCUCACGCGCCGCCAAACGAGAGUGGUGUUUUCAGUCUCCCCCAUCAUUAAAAGUAGCUCUCUGUCCUCAUCAGCUUGCCACCUAGUUCGCUUCUUCUUCUCGCAGAGAAAAUAGUGAACUCUUUCCGCUUUCUCUGAGUUGCGGGGCAACGAUCUUGCAUCUAGGAAAUAUAGACAGAGUCACAGAGAUGUAUGCAGUGCAACAAUUAUCAAAGUCAGUGACCAGUCUCCGACGAUCAGCGGCGGUGGCGGGUGCCGGAAAGAAUGAAGUUCGGCCGACGAAGAGCCGAGUGCCGGUGUCACCAGUCAACUGUUCUAGGUCAAUCCGGGCAGUAAUAAGCAGUGAUGACAAGGCUGUAGACUCUGCUAAAUCUAAUAAGGAGGUAAGUGGGCGGUCAGUGUUGUCUUCAUCUGAUAAGACAAGAGGAGAGAUCGAUGUGAAAGCAGUGAUCACUAUAAGGAAGAAGAUGAAAGAAAAGAUCAACGAGAAGAUUGAAGAUCAGUGGGAGUAUUUUGUUAAUGGGAUUGGUCAAGGGAUCUUGAUUCAACUUAUCAGUGAGGAGAUUGACCCUGAGACCGACUCAGGAAAGAGUGUGCAGUCUUCUGUCAGGGGAUGGUUGCCAAAGCCGUCAAACCAUGUUCAUAUUGUUGAGUAUGCAGCUGAGUUCACAGUUCCUUGCGACUUUGGCAAUCCUGGAGCUGUUCUUGUUACUAAUCUUCAUGGGAAGGAGUUCUACUUGGUGGAGAUUGUAAUUCAUGGUAUCAGUGGAGGUCCCUUUUUCUUCUCUGCAAAUACCUGGAUUCAUUCCCAGAAAGAUAAUCCUGAAAGCAGAAUUAUCUUCAGAAAUCAAGCUUACCUACCAUCACAAACACCUUCUGGCAUUAAAGAUCUACGGCGUGAAGACUUGCUUAGCAUUCGUGGCAAUGGGAAAGGCGAGAGAAAGCCUUAUGAUAGAAUUUAUGACUAUGCUCCUUAUAAUGAUUUGGGCAAUCCUGACAAGGAUGAAGAUCUUGCUAGGCCUGUAAUUGGAGGUAGUGAGGAUUUGCCUUAUCCUAGGCGUUGUAGAACUGGCAGACCUCCAACUAAGACAGAUCCUCGGUCUGAGAGUAGGAUUGAAAAGCCACAUCCAGUGUAUGUUCCUCGGGAUGAAACUUUCGAGGAGAUCAAGCAGAGCACUUUCUCUGCUGGAAGGUUGAAAGCUCUGCUUCACAAUCUGAUUCCAUCUAUUGCUGCUGCAUUGUCAAGUUCAGAUAUUCCUUUCACAUGUUUCUCUGAUAUUGAUAAGCUAUACAAUGAUGGUCUUCUCUUAAGAACCGAAGAGCAUAAAUUAGUUCAUCCUGCAUUGGGUAAGGCUAUGAAACAGGUUCUUAGCGUGGGCGAAAGGUUACUGAAAUAUGAAAUCCCAGCUAUUAUAAAACGGGAUAGAUUUGCUUGGUUGCGCGAUAAUGAGUUUGCACGCCAGACUUUGGCCGGAGUCAAUCCAAUGAAUAUUGAGCUUUUGAAGGAAUUUCCAAUUAUCAGUAAACUAGACCCUGCUGUUUAUGGCCCUCCAGAAUCAGCACUCACUAAGGAGUUAAUAGAGCAUGAACUCAAUGGAAUGAGCAUAGAAAAGGCAAUUGAGGAGAAGAGGCUGUUUAUACUUGAUUACCAUGACAUGCUUUUGCCAUUUAUGAACAAGAUGAACUCCUUGCCAGGGAGAAAAGCUUAUGCCUCAAGGACAGUUUUCUUCUAUAACCGGGCUGGUAUGCUGAGGCCAGUAGCUAUUGAGCUUUCACUUCCUCCUACACGUUCUUCUCCUUGCAAUAAAAAUGUUUACACUCAUGGGCAUGAUGCUACGACACAUUGGAUUUGGAAGCUAGCCAAAGCUCAUGUCUGCUCAAAUGAUGCUGGCGUCCAUCAACUAGUAAAUCACUGGUUGAGGACUCAUGCUUGCAUGGAGCCUUAUAUAAUUGCAACUCAUAGACAGCUUAGUGCAAUGCAUCCAAUUUACAUGCUGCUUCAUCCUCAUAUGCGGUAUACACUAGAAAUUAAUGCACUUGCUCGACAAGGUUUGAUAAAUGGAGGAGGAAUUAUUGAGGCUUCUUUCAGUCCUGGAAAGUAUGCCAUGGAGGUUAGCUCUGCAGCAUACAAGAGUAUGUGGCGGUUUGACAUGGAGGCUUUGCCUGCAGAUCUUAUUCGCAGGGGCAUGGCAGUGGAGGAUCCUUCAAUGCCCUGUGGUGUAAGACUUGUGAUUGAGGACUACCCCUAUGCUUCAGAUGGUCUCCUAAUCUGGUCAGCCAUCAAAGAAUGGGUAGAAUCAUAUGUCAAUCACUUCUACUCUGAACCUAAUUCCAUCACAUCUGACAUUGAGCUCCAAGCUUGGUGGAAUGAGAUCAAGAACAAAGGCCACCAUGACAAACGGAAUGAACCAUGGUGGCCUAAACUCGAUACCAAAGAGGACUUAUACGGCAUACUAACUACAAUGAUCUGGAUUGCAUCAGGUCAACAUGCAGCUAUAAACUUUGGACAGUAUCCUUUCGGAGGGUAUGUGCCUAAUCGUCCAACUCUAAUGAGAAAACUCAUCCCCCAAGACAACGAGCCUGAUUAUGAGAAGUUUAUCCUGAACCCACAGCAUUAUUUCCUCUCAUCAUUGCCAACUCAACUUCAAGCCACGAAAGUGAUGGCAGUCCAAGACACACUGUCAACUCAUUCCCCAGAUGAAGAGUACUUGGGACAGGUGAACCAGUUACAUAGUCAUUGGAUAAAUGAUCAUGAAAUACUGGAAAUGUUCAAUAGAUUCUCAGCUAGAUUAGAGGAGAUAGAGCAGACCAUAAAUAUGAGAAACAAGGAUAUCCGUCUUAAAAACAGAAAUGGUGCAGGAAUUCCCCCAUAUGAAUUGCUGCUUCCGACUUCAGGUCCAGGGGUUACCGGUCGUGGCAUACCCAACAGCAUUUCUAUCUAAGGGAAUUAGAAUAAUUGGCAGUCGGGUAUAAAUAGAAAGAGCCAAGAUGUGGGCUACUGUGGUUUAUGUAUUUAGUGCAUAACAUGUCCUUAGUGGGUUUCUUUUCUUAUGAGUGCAGUAGUGUUCUUGUAUUUAGAAUUGGAGCAGUUUCUGUAGAAGUAUAUAUUGUCUCAAGUAAAGUUUUCAAAUUCCACUUAAA